AUAUCAAUCUUAUACUUGUUUGUUGGUCUUCGUUGAUGACAAUGUAAAUGGGUUGCAGCGGGUCUUUUACUAUGAGGACGAUGCCGGAGGAAAAAUAAAGCGUGAUAUUUUGAAGAGGAUAGGAAAGAACUGGAAGGAUUCAAGGCACCACUUGUUUCAUAGGUGUUACAAACAAGUAAAGACUUAUGAGAAAAAUCUUCAGCAUCACCCGAAAGGAAUAGACAAAAAUGAUUGGAAAAAGUUCGUUAACUAUCGCCUGAAUGAAGAAACGCAGAAAAAGUGUAAACAGAAUACUUUAAAUCGGAGCAAGCAAGUUUACACACAUAGUGGGGGCUCCAAAACCUUGGCACGAAAAAAAGACGAAGUGGAGAGAGAGCAAGGAAGGCCCGUGGGUAGAGGGGAGUUAUUUAUCAUGACUCAUAAGAAAAGAGAUGGCUCAUAUAUCCACCCCGAUGCGCGUGUUGUUAGUGAAGCAAUUGCGAAUGUUGAGAGGCAGGAUGGAUCCUCUAUGCACCUUUCACAGAAUGACUCGCUAGCACAAGUUCUCAGAAAGGAGCACCCAGGACGAGUUCGUGCCCUAGGUGCUGGACCAUGUCCCACCCAGGUCUUUGGUAAUGCUGCUGGACAACCGUCGGGUUCUGCAGAGUCCAAUGCAGAGGAUAAGAGGAUGAUUGCAGAAUUGAUGGCUAAGUUAGAAGAAGAGCGGGCGAAGAGACAGUCAGUACAUAAGGUCUUGGGAUAUGUAGUCCAACAGUUAGGAGGCAAUUUGUCAGUUGAGAUUGCUGAAGAGCUGGCUUUUGUGGGCGAUACACCAGACUCGUCAUGCGCAGGGCCAUCUUCAUCUGGAAAUCACAACCCGCAACAAAAAUCUUGAAUUUCAAUUAAUGGUUUUGGAUACCUUUUACAUUUAAGUUGGUUUAGUACGUUAGACUUAU